CGUUGGCUUGGCUAGGGCUGUUGGUAGGUCUAAAUUUUGGUGAACUUCAAAUUCAAAUGUGAUCAAAUAAUUUUUGCAGUAGAUAUUGGCUACCCUGGUGGCUGGUUCAUUGUUGUUUGUUUUUAUUUCAUAAAUAGUUUUGCAAUGCAGGCCGAACUUAGUUGUUUGAGUUGAAUGUUACGUCUCUUAGUAAAGUAAAUGCAUAAUUAUUUUAGUUUUAUUUCGAAUUCGGGUUCUUUGGAUCUAUUUAGUUUAUUGUGUUUUAAAUCUGCAACUUGAUGUAGCUUCAUGGUAUUUUAGAUGUGAAUCUGGGCUUUAAACAACAACAUAACCUUAAUAUGAAUCCACUAACGAAUGUUAAAAAUAUCAAAAAGCUAAGUGAACAAGAACUUAAAUCUGGAAAUGUAGUUUCAUCAUGGCACAACCAAUACAAAGACAGUGCUUGGAUUUUUAUUGGUGGCUUGCCUUAUGAUCUUACUGAAGGAGAUGUCCUCUGUAUAUUUUCAGAAUAUGGAGAAAUCGUCAAUAUAAACCUGGUGAGAGAUAAAGGAACUGGGAAGCAAAAAGGGUUCUGUUUUAUUUGUUAUGAAGAUCAGAGGAGUACAAUUUUAGCAGUUGACAAUUUAAACGGAAUCAAGGUUUUAGGGAGAACAAUUCGAGUAGACCAUGUUGCAGACUACAAACCUCCGAAGGAGUCCAGUAAGGCAGACAAGGAGCUAUCUAAACUGCAGAGAGAAGGCUGUGCACCUGUUCUUGUAGUCCCUACAGAGGUUAAACAAGAAGAAGAAGCAGAAGAAGGAGAAAGAAAGCAGAAGGAGAAAGAAAGAAAAAGGAAGAAAAAAGAAAAGAAAAAGAAGAGAAAAAAAGAUAAAUCCAGUAAGAAGAGUAAGAAAUCGAAAAGAGAUAGGAGUUCUAGCGAGUCAGCCUCUUCAUCUAGUGAUAGUGAAACAGACUAAUGUAAAAUAUAGUUUUUAUAAGUGCACUAUACAUUUUAUGCAUAAUUACCAAUCAUAAGAAUAAAUGUUUUAUUUUGUUGAUAA